CUUCAACCAAUCGACGUUACAUAAACACACUGUCCUUGGUAGAUAAUGUAGAGAGAAUCUAGGUCAGUCAAAGGGCCCGAUUGUUUUUUUUUGGUCACCGUGGGAAUUUUAUCCCUUCAAUUUGAUCAAACAUGUCGGUGAAACAUGCUCUCAGUCGCUGCCUUGAGCUGGGGAGGUCCGUUUUCCAGCUGGGUCUCAUCAAACCAGCCGGCCGUGUGGCAGCGAAGCUCCGCGGUGAGCGGCUGCGUGUGUCGCCUCCGACCCGCACCGUCCAGCCGCAGAGCUUCCUGCCCGCCCGCUACCGCUUCUACCGACUCUCUCUCAGCGGGCUGGCCGCUCGGCUCCAGUCGGGUGGUUUCAGGAGACUAGCUGGGGGCGGCUCACCCAGAAACAGGGCUGUUUUCCUGGCGUUUGGUGUGGGAUUAGGGCUCAUUGAACAACAGCUGGAGGAGGACAGAAAGGGUGUAGCGCUGUGUCAGGAAAUACAGGCCGUUUUCAGAAAGAAGAAGUUCCAGACCCCUCUGAAGUCAUUUACAUCAGGGUACAAGUUGGAGGACUAUGCUAUUGGGAAACAGAUUGGGAAAGGUUGCAAUGCAGCGGUCUAUGAAGCAGCAGCUCCCUUUGCGGUCCCUGGAGAGAGUGGAAAGUGUUCACUGGUGCAACUAAACCAGAAUGAAACUGAAAAUAAAAAUGAAGGACCACUUGGAUUCUCCACCGUACCGAGCUUUCCUUUAGCUGUGAAAAUGAUGUGGAACAUUGGGGCUGGUUCAUCAAGUGACGCUAUCCUUAAGUCUAUGUCAAUGGAGUUGGUCCCUGCAUGUACCCAGGCUUUAACAAAGGAGAAAGGACAGAUUACUUUGGAUGGCCACUUUGGAUUGGUGCCUAAGAGACUGACGGCUCAUCCCAACGUGAUCACAGUGUAUCGGGCCUUCACUGCAGAAGUACCCCUACUGCCCGGUGCUCAGGAGGAGUACCCUGAUGUCCUGCCCGCCAGACUAAAUCCACUUGGUUUGGGCAGUAACCGUACUCUGUUCCUGGUCAUGAAAAAUUACCCAUGCACCCUGCGGCAGUACUUGAAGGUGAGCAUGCCAGACCAGAUGCAGGCCUCUCUCAUGUUGCUACAACUGCUGGAAGGGGUGGACCACCUGUGCAGACAGGGCAUCGCUCACAGAGACCUCAAAUCAGACAAUGUGCUACUGGAAUUUGACUGUGUUUGCUGUCCCAGAUUGGUGAUCACUGAUUUCGGGUGCUGUCUGGCUGAAGACUUCGGCCUUAAACUGCCCUUUAACAGUCGGUGGGUGAGCAAAGGAGGUAAUUCGUGUCUGAUGGCACCUGAGGUCGCAACAGCAGUCCCUGGUCCAGGGGUAACGAUCGAUUACAGUAAAGCAGAUGCCUGGGCCGUAGGGGCGAUUGCUUAUGAACUUUUUGGUCAGCCAAACCCCUUCUACAGCUUACAGGGGCUGGAGAGUCGCAGUUAUCAGGAAAGACAACUCCCUCCAUUGCCUGACAGUGUACCUGCUUAUGUACAGCUAGUAGUGGCGUUACUGCUAUGUAGAAAUAAUCAUAAGCGCCCCAGUGCACGUGUGGCCGCUAACAUGCUUCAUAUCUGCCUGUGGGGCAAGCGUGUACUGGCAAGUUUGGACUGGGCCAGACUGGAUAAAAUGAUCGACUGGCUGCUGUGUCAGUCUGCAGUGGUACUUCUGAAGAGUCGUGGUUCCGGCGGGAGUUCAGUGGAAGCUGAGCUUCAGAGAUCCUUCCUCGCCAACAUAGACCUUGAAGACCUCCGUACCGCAGCCAGUUUCCUCAUGUAUGGGCAAGCGCAGUGGCAGACUCCGCUUAUGCACUACACUGAACCAUAGAAUGUGUGUGUCUAUGUGUUUACAGUAGAAAUGAGCACAGCUGGUGAAUCCUUUUUUCCAAGCUGUUCCUUUGGUUUCUUAAUGUAGACUGUGAAAGCACUUUAAUGUCAAUGACAGUCACUGACAUAAUUUGAAAUUAUAUAUUUGCACUUUUUUGCCACACAUAAGAAUGAAUCUUUACCCCAUAAUUUAAACAUAUCAGUAUAAUGCUAAGUUAUAUCUGAGCAAUAAAAUUAUCCAAACUAGUCCUGGUAGAAUAACAUAUCGCACGCAGUACUGGAUAAUUAAGAUUAUAAAGGGGUAUGUCAGUUAACAAAAGAUCAUCAAACGCAGUUUGCAACCCAUUUUACUCUCGUAAUCUUGACAUAUUUCCAAGUAAAAUUGGAUAUUCAGGAAAUUGAUUGGUUAUUGAAAAGUGGGCAACCAAAAGGGAUCCAUGUGCUUGGACGUUUGGUGUUGGAAAGUAAGAGACAUUUUGUUUAAAAAACUAAAUUAUAAAGACAUUUUCUGAGCAUAGUAAAACCAGCAAUAUACAUUGAAAACGUACAUAGAAUACAUUUUGAUUUCAUAUUGACUUUAUUCUAAAUAGUCGGAAAUGGAGACUAAGCCAAAAAACAAACAAAAAGAGAAUUUGAAUAGCAUUGAAAUAACCUAUUUGUGUCUUCUGCAUGUGUUAAUAAAACAAUUUGCUCAUUGA